CGUCACCCGUUUCGGCACGAUCCCCUUCACUAUAUAUCACCUUAAUGAUUGAAUGUCUUUAUUACGGAGUACUCAAUAUACCAUGAUAUUUCUCAUUUGAAUUUCCUAUCACAUUGCCAUACAAUCUUAUCUAUUUGCCAACCUCAUGGGCACGAAACGGAAGAGACCAAGCAAGAACUUGACUCUCCAUGACCCCCGGACUCAACACCACUCUCCAAACCGGAAUCGGAUAGAUACAUCCGAUGAUUUGGCGGCCAAAUCUAGCGGUGGCCAGUGCUUCGAUGCAGCCGAAAUCUCUCAUCCUGUCAUCUCUUUAUAUUAUCGUCAGGUCGUGUCCUUGAGACAGUACAUCUUGCAGCGCAUACCGAGGUCCUCCAAGUCACGCCGGCGAAGAAUUGCAGCGGUGCGGGGCGAAAAUCUGCACGGGGCAGAUGCACAUGGUCGUGAAGGUCAAGAAAAAGAACGAGACCUUGCAAAUCUUCUGGAUACGACUUUGGUCGGCGUGUGGAAGGAGAUCUCUCCAACGAGUACUCACGAACGACGAAAGAGUUUGAUUACGUCAAGGCAAUCUCAGUACAUCAACGGGACUGAUACUGGGCCGCAAUGCCCACAAUCGGAGAUUCUUCACUUUGCCAUUUCCACUCUAUUCAAUUACUCGGGUUUGUCGUACCAGCGUCCCCAGCACCUACUCAGCCAUGGAUUCCAGCGUGCGAGUGGAUUCGACACCCACCAACUUCCCUGCAGCAUUCCUGGCGUUGUAGCGAAGCUCCCCAAUAAAAAUGUCGAGAUGCUCAAGGCCGCACCUUGGACCGAUGUUUUGGCUGUGCUGGGGAGCAAUGGCGAUGAUAUAAUGUUGAGCCUCCUACUUGACUGCGGAUUGUUUGUCGCCGUGGAUCCAAAGAAAGACAUUUAUUGUCAAAUAAGUGGUAUUCCUCUGUCAGCGCUUGAGCCUAUCCAAAACCCACCAGAAGACGGAGCAGUGGGCGCGCAAGAAACCGCUCUCCCCGCCCACCCACUUUCUGCGCCGCCUAUCGAUGCGAACAGAAGUAUAGCCGCCAAGACUGCGAGGAAAGGGAAAGAAAAUACGGAACGAGGACCAAACGCCAUCGUUUUUUGCCGCCAACGUCUGCGAUAUGCGCGCCCUCAUCUGGACUCGGGUGGAAGGAUUGAGUUUGGGUUGCCGAAUCAUGUUCUCCAUCGUUUCCCUUCCAAUUCGAUGCGGCAGACUGAACACGUGUUGAAAUAUGUCUUUCCUAGACAGUUUGGUCUGCAUAAUGUGUUCACCAGCGAUUUGAACGGCUGGGAUAGCGCUCUAUUCAAGAACUAUUCCUCGCGGGAAGAAGAAAUCGCAAAGCAAGAACAGAUGAAACGGGCACGGUAUCUUCGACGAGCUUCUAGGACUACCACUGGUCUUGUCGAGUGCGACGCACCGAUCAAAAUACCGAAACGGCUCCGAGGAACGGCGGUAGAGUUGGUUCGCCAGCUGCAGAACCGAAACAAGCGCUGUUCCUAUGGGAGGCUCUUGAAUUAUUACUGUCCUACAGAGGAUUCUGGUCCGUGGACAUUCGGUCCUGGCAGUGCUCAGUCUACACAAGCCGGGGAACUGGCAUCAUCAGCCUUGUUACCCUUAGCGACUCAGCCUUCGGUGCUCAAUCAAGAUGAUGCACCAAGCCCAUCUACGGAGACAGUGACAGGGGUUAGAUCAAAGCCCGCGAAACCCAAGGUUAACUUCACCGAUCACGCGGCUCCAGUCUCAUCAGUUUCAGCGUUCUGUCGAGCAGUUAUCCGAAACUUGAUCCCUCUGGCCUUUUUGGGGACUGGUCAAGACGGAACUGAUCACCAGAAAAUCAUCCUUGGUCAUGUCGAUAAAUUUGUACGAAUGCGUCGGUUUGAGAGUCUGAGCCUGCAGGAGAUCUGUAAAGGGGUAAAGUCGGAUCCCGUGGCUUGCACCUCAGACUCUGCGUACACAAGGCAAGCUUUCCGCGUCUGAUUUGCAGAAACGAAAAGAGUUAUUUCACGAGUUUAUAUACUACGUAUUUGAUUCGAUCCUGAUACCUCUCAUCCGGGGAAAUUUCUAUGUCACC